AUCAUGGGAAAGCGCGCCGUUCAAAUCUGUUUCCGGUUUGUUGUGUUCCGUUUCUUCCGACAUGAAAAACAUGGAGUCCAAGCGGAACAGCGCACCAAAGACCCCCCUGAACAGUGCCGCCCAGAGGAGGAGUAAAAGCAGGAGCUACCGGCAGUCAUACCGCAGCUGCUUGGGUGCGGCGUCACGUCUGUGUUUGACCCCGGCCAUGACGUCACGGCGCCUCAACACCAACAGAAAAGCACCGGAGUUGCUCAACAUCGCUGAGCGGGUGGACGCCCAGCAGCUGGCUUCGCUGAUGAGGACGGAGUGGCAGCUGUCCUACGUCACGCCCCUCUACCAGUUCCGCUACACCCAACUGAAGAGCUACGCCAGGCAGCUCUCCGCGUAUCUGACUGCAGAGAAACAGCAAGGCCUGGCGGUGGGGGCGGAUGUCAGCCUGAGCUACAGAGUCACCUUCUCCGUGGUUCACGGGAUGACCCAGACUGAAGUUGAUGCCGAGACCGUCUUAAUACAGAUUUACUGCAAGCCCCUGUUUGCCAGGCAGGACGAGCCCCCCAAGGAAACGUGGAAAGGCUGGCUCACUUGCAUCAACGGCAGCCAGGACUACAUCAACUCUCUUCCCAAGGACUUGACCUGCCUGCCGCUGUUUGGCAGCAGCAAGACCGAGGCGCUCACCGCCUCCGUCAAAUCCUGGUUCCAGAAGAGCUUUGACUGCUGCUUCGCCCCGUUGGAGAUCAGCCACACAAGCCUGCAGUGGCUGGUGGCGCUGUGGACCAACUGCCACGCAGAGUCCGAUACCAAGCAGCUCCAAAUGGUGUGGACUCUCCCGGUGGUGCCGGCGCUGCAGGUCACUUACGCUGUGGACCCGGCGGACGCCUGGCGGCUGUGGUGCAGUGUGAGGUCAGAUCCGCAGGACAGGACGACCCAACCUGACGUCAUCGACAUCGAGGAGGUGAUGAGGCUGAUGAAGGGACUCAUGUGCCACUUCUACCGACACUUCAGGGUGGACCUGUCGGCCGGGACCUUGACUCAGGUGUCCACGGCACUGGGAGGAGCCAAAUGUAGCGGGAAGAUUAAGUUCUUCAACAGCAACUACAUGACGGCUAUGCUGACGCUGCUGACCGAGUGCGCCCUCCUCAAGAUGCCCAUUUGAAGAAAGCUGCAGGUGGUCAAAUAAAUCAGGUCUUAUGUUGAAGGGGAACUGGAAUUUUGUCCAUCAUCCAGAGAUUAUAAACAGUGAAAAACUGCUAGUACAAGGCAGCUAACGACGCCGGUAAUACGAUUAGUCUAUUCCACUUAAAAACGGCACCGACGCUCCAUUUACUUGCCAUCACCUGCAUGUUAUCCAAGCUAAGAGCUAACACAGAGGAACUACUUUUCUGGUAUAGUGACUCAGGUUGUUUAAUAAAAUCCAUCCUCACCCAAAUAGGGAUUCUUAUUUAUUCCGAUUCUAAAUAAUCAUUUUUCUAAUAUAUAUAUACUUUUCUUUUUAAGAAUCAGUUUCAGAGACGUUUUUAGGCCAUCUCCAGGCUUACUGGCUGUGUGUAUACUUAACCUCUUUCAAAAAAGCUAUUAUAAUUCAUUCUUCAUUUGAAUGAAACAUGUUUAAAUGAUUCAAUCGAGUAUCUUGUACAACUUCCGACAUGUCUAACGGUUCGAGCCGAGGUGCCCAAACUUGACUGACACAUCAAAGGAUGCAGGGGCCAUUUGGGUAAGUUUAACAUUUAAAACCAGUCCAAUAUAUAUUUUUUUCCAAAACAAUAGAAAGGGAAAUUUAGAUAGAAAUUUCAUGUGAAUGCAGAGGAGCCAAAGUUGAACUGAAAGCCUAAAAGUUAGCGCACGAGACACAAGUCACAAAACAUAUGAGCUACGAAAAAAGCCAGCAUGCUUACAGUACUAUGCUAAUAUUAGCAUUUGUCAAAUACCAAGAUAUGACACUGAGGUGUAAACCAUCUAAAUUAGCUUGUAAAACUAGCAUGUUAAGUACCUAAAUAUAUAACUCCGAGGUUUGUACCUAGAAAUGUGUUUAUUAGCCUGCUAACGCUAACAUGCAUCCAGUAUGACUGAGGUGACUGCCUUCAAAAUUAGUUAAAUUUUUUUUUUAAAUAAACAGCUAUUAUUUUUCAAGUAACAAAAUAUUUGAGACUGAGGUGUUUACCUGCAAAAUGAGCAACAAAAAAGCUGCAAUUCCAAUGUUGUCCAUGUUCCACGGGUCAUUGAAGAAUGAGCUAAGAACCACAAAUGGCCCCCAGGCCGCACUUUGGACAACUUUCAAUUAGACCUUUUCCAAAAAAGCCAACCAGUAUUAAAACUAUUCAUGUCUGGGAGUGACAAUUCCCUCUCACCAUCGAAAAAGUGAGUCCCAAGAAUGGGAAUUUAUCAAGACUGGCAUUGAACCGCCAUUAGCGCGGCCCACCCACCACUACUGUGAUGCUGCCACUCAAACAGGAAGUAGCCUGUUCCCAAACUAUAGCAUCCUCCAGUAAUAUUCACUUUUUUUUUUUUGGGCCUAAAACCUGCUUGUACAGAACUGUAAAGUCAUUUGUGUUGUUAUUCUGUAUUAUUUCUUGUUCUGUAAUAAAAACAAAAGUAUUUUUA